AUGACCGGAGGAGCGAAGAGAGUCCUGCUGCUGUGCCUGUGCGUGGCCGUCGUGUUGGUGGCGCCCGGGAGUGGCGGCGUGGAGGCGAGGAAGCGAGGGAAGCAGUCCCUGGGGUUCUACGAGCUGCGGCGGGGCGAGUUCUCCAUGGUCGUCACCAACUGGGGCGCCACCAUCCUCGCCAUCGGGCUCCCCGACAAGAACGGGCACAUCGACGACGUCGUUCUUGGCUACAAGGACAUCGGGUCUUACGUGAACGACACGACCUACUUCGGCGCGCUGGUGGGGCGCGUGGCGAACCGGAUCGCCGGCGGGCGGUUCACCAUCAGGGACCGCGCCUACCACACGUACCGGAACGACGGCAACAACACGCUGCACGGCGGCCACCGCGGGUUCAACCAGGUGUUCUGGUCCGUGCGGGAGCGCGUCACGGGGGAGUUCCCGCACAUCACCUUCGCCUACCGCAGCUACGACGGCGAGCAGGGGUUCCCGGGGAACCUCGACGUGCUCGUCACCUACAAGAUCGACGGCGACUACUCGUACAGCGUCACCAUGUACGCGCGGCCGCUGGACAAGCCCACGCCCGUGAACCUGGCGCAGCACACGUACUGGAACCUCCGCGGCCACGGCAGCGGCGACGUCCUGGGCCACGCCGUCCAGAUCUUCGCGAACGCGGUGACGCCCGUGGGCGAGGACCUCAUCCCGACGGGCGCCGUCACCCCCGUCGCCGGCACGCCCUUCGACUUCCGCGCCCCGGCGGCUCCCGGCGCGCGCAUCGCGCAGGUCGAGGGCGGUGGCUACGACAUCAACUACGUGCUGGACGGCGAGACGGACGGGCAGGGCGUGCGCAAGGUGGCCGUCGUCAGCGAGGCCGACUCCGGCCGCGUCAUGGAGCUGUGGGGGAACCAGCCGGGCCUGCAGUUCUACACGGGCAACUUCCUCAAGGGCGACCAGGGCAAGGACGGCGCCGUCUACGCCAAGCACGGCGGGAUGUGCCUGGAGACGCAGGACUACCCGGACGCCGUGCACGAGCCGGGCUUCCCGGCCGAGGUCUACCGCCCUGGCCAGCUCUACAAGCACUACAUGCUCUACAAGUUCUCCAUCAACAAGUAG